UGUUCCAAUUACUUUUCAGUUAAAGCAAUUUAGCGUUUACAAUUAUAAAAUUUUCGAUCGUGAGCUAGUUGGAAUCGAGCUCAAAGAUAAGUAAUAGAAGUGGAAGUAAAAUGUUAUCAAGCGGAGCAACUAAUAAAUGAGUACGAAAACACGAUAAGCUGGCGAAACGUAAAAAGUGAACUUAAUGUUGUCGAAUUUCGUAGCACAACGGAAGUUGUUUUUGCUUAAAACUAUAAAAAGUGAACCACAGUACAUAUACCAAGGGUAAGGACUGAAGUAGGUGGAAGACGUAGCUUGCGGUUCUAAUAUAGCAAACGAUAAAAAUCAAAAUGAGUACAAAUUGGCGUGAAUUAUUUCCAACAAAGCUCACAUUUGUCAUAUUUCUGCUCUACAUAUCGUUAUUCAUUGGUCAAGGCAUAUUCGUAACCGCCUCUCAAGAAGCUAAUAACUCCUAUAGUUACAAUACAAUCACCGUGGUGCUGUUUACCGAAAUACUAAAACUUAUUGUGUCAGCCAGUUUAUAUUGCAGAGAGAGAAAUUUUAAAAAUCUACUGCAAGAUGUACGAAAGGAUUCAAAUGUCAUGUUGUUAUACUUUGUUCCUGCUUUUUUGUAUUGUCUGUAUAACAAUUUAGCAUUUGUCAACUUGUCAACGUUUGAUCCAACGACUUAUUACCUACUCCUCCAACUACGUGUCGUGAUAACUGGCAUUCUAUUUCAGAUUAUUUUUAAAAAAUACCUCACACGUCGCCAAUGGAUAUCGUUAUUAUUGCUAACAUUUGGUUGCAUGUUAAAGCAAGUGAAUCUGAACAGCUUAUAUGGAGACACAAAUGACGAUAGCGAAGCCGCUGCAGUACAGCAAGUCAGUUUGGGCAGUACGACUGCUACACCACCGAAGGUGAGCGGAAAAAAUAUGUCCGGUUUCGAUUUUAGUUUAAGUGCACUGCUAAUAUUAGCACAAACAGUAUUUUCCUGUCUUGCUGGCGUUUAUAAUGAAUAUUUGUUAAAGGAUAAAGGUGCUGAUGUGAAUAUAUUUGUACAGAACGUCUUUAUGUAUAUAGAUUCGAUUGUAUGCAAUAUUCUAAUAUUAUUUUUAAAUGGACAAUUAGUUGGCGCAUUUACGGCGGAAAGUCUGCGCGCUAUUUUGCGAUUUAAUGUAAUCAUAAUCAUAGUAAACAACGCAGCCAUUGGUAUUGUUACAAGUUUCUUCUUAAAAUAUAUGAAUUCUAUUGUAAAGACUUUUGCAAGCGCCUUGGAGUUGCUAUUCACAGCCAUACUCUGCUAUUUCCUUUUCGCCAUACCUAUUUAUAUUAAUACCGCGCUUGCUAUUGCUGUGGUAUCUUUCGCAAUAUACCUAUACACACAGAGUCCUGUAGUCAAUACAGGCAAAGUACGCCCAUUAAAUACUAUAAGCGAAGCUACACUAACAACACAAGAUAAACGAAAGUUGCUAGACUCUGAUGGUGAUACGGAUCUAGAAAUGGAUAUAGUGUAGCAAGUAUGAUUAUUUUACCUGACACCGUAUAGUGUAAAUUGCUGGCUUGCGAACUAUUAAUGGCCAGUGACAGCACUUAAUAUAGAUUAUGAUUAUAAAAUAAGAUAAUUUUUAGUUUUAUAUUUUGAUAUGAAUGCGGAAGUUAUAAGAAAACGAAUUGAAUGGCUUUAAAUAUGUAUGUAUAUAACGGGUGGGUUAUUAUACCAAUAGUACCCUAAAUAUUUCUUAAAGAAAAAUACCAUAAUCAUAAAUAUAGAUGCUAAGAAUUUGAUUUCUUUAGUUUCAAAA